AUGACGGAGAGAAUGCCGGAACACACUCCAGCCCCCACUGCUUCCCGUGCCAUCUAUGGAUUCGCUUUAUUUUUACUUUUCAAAACCCUUUUUAUCCUUUACGUCCUGUGGGCUUUCAUCCCCACGAAAAUACUGGACGGUUUGGGUUUGACCUACCUUCCGGAUAAAUAUUUCGCGCUGUUCAUACCUAUCCUGCUUCUGGUAGGUCUCACAUUUUUCGCCUUCCUAAUCUACCCGUCGCUUUCGUUGGCCAUGAUGCCGGAACCGGAUUCUCGGGAGGCCGUUACGGAUCGGUACACGAUCGUGCGCUGCCAGUAUCAAUACCCGGAUCGGCAACGGUGCAACCAGAAAAUUGAUCGACCCUACGGAGACAGUUGGACCGUGAAGCCGUUCUGUUCCAAACACUCGAUCCGGGUGACGACGGCUUCGGAUUUGAGGGCUAGUGUGAGAAUUGCUAACAUCUGCGAUUGUCCCGAUGAGGAGCGCUGUUUGCUGCGAAAGGAUCCGAGUCAUUUGGGGAAGCUGAGGACUAGGGCGAUGGUUCCGGCCGUGGCGGAUUUGAGUCUGGUGGAAGUGAAUCGGGUUUUGUACAGGAAAAGAAUUUAAUUGAUACUGAUAUGGAUAUCCGUAAUUUUCCUCUGGGAAGGAAUUGAAGAACGUAAUGCCAAAUAUAAAUAUGUCAAGAGGAAA